UCAAUCCUUAUCCACGCAACAAUCAGCAAUAGUACUACUACUCCAAGCGAGCAUUUUCCUUACAAGUUUGUUUUCUUGUGACUAAUUGAUAUGGCUAGCUCAAUGUCCCUUAAGCUUACAUGUGUGGUGGUGUUUUGCAUGGUGGUGGGUGCACCCCUGGCUCAAGGGGCCAUAAGUUGUGGUCAAAUCACAAGCGCCCUCGCACCCUGCAUUGCUUACUUGAAAGGGAAUGGUGCUGGUUCUGCUCCCCCAGCUUGCUGCAACGGCAUCAGAUCUCUCAACUCUGCCGCCAAAACAACACCAGACCGGCAAGCAGCUUGCAGCUGCAUCAAAAGUGCGGCCACCGGCAUUUCUGGCAUCAACUAUAGCACUGCAGCCGGACUCCCAGGCAAGUGCGGUAUCAACAUCCCUUACAAGAUCAGCCCUUCCACUGACUGCAAAAGCAUUAAGUGAAGUGUGGUCAUGGAAGUUGGGAUCAGCUAAUGGAAGGGAAAUAGUGAUGUCGACAGAAUAAAAAUGAAUGUUAAAAAUCCAUAGCGGUACUAUUCAUUGUUGGAGUUAUCCUAGUUUUAGAGUUAGUGGUAAUGUACAAGGUCGCAUAUGCGACUAUAUAAUACUAUCUUUACCUACUCUAAAUAUUAAUAUCACUCUCACUAGUUGUUUCCUCUA